AUGAUCUUCCUAAUGGAUUUACAGAGGCUUCUGGACGUAGUGUACUUCAUCCUGCGUUCUUGUCUGUGGAUCGUGCUGAGACCACGUACGAAGCCUAUAGACAGCGAGAUGGUGCUAAUAACCGGCUCUGGAGGAGCCCUGGGCCGCCUUUCUGCCCUUGAGUUUUCGAAUCACGGUGCAGAAUUGGUGCUGUGGGACAUCAACGGAGAAACUAAUGAGGAGACAGCCAAGCUGGUGAGGGCGUAAAGGGCCAAGCAAGCGCGUACACGGUGGAUGUGAGUGACAAACCUGUAAGAAGUACACCGCACAGCCGACCAGGUACGGUAGGAGGUGGGAAGAGAUGUGACCUACUUGGUGAAAGUGGCCGGUGAGAGACUCCUGGACUCUGAUGGCAUGGUGGAGGGUGGAGGGACUGUGAAAGUAAACUGCCAUGGCCUGUUUCCAUGGGAAUCCAAUGUGGUGACAUGUUGCUUUCUGGGUUUAGACAAGUGCAUGUACUCGUUCACUGAGACCAUAAGGAAGAACAGAGCAGCCGGUGGUGCCAUAAAAGCUGCUUAA